GAAAUUGUCAGUUCCUUCUGUGCAGCAUGUCAUGCUCCUGUGGCACAAGCCUGAAUAUUUCAUCAGAGUUUUAAGAAACUGUGUGCUGAGGACAGGAUCGCCUUGAAGAGACUACUGGAUCAAGGAUGUCAGAGGGCAUUAACUAUUCCAUCUCCUUCGACGACUGGGACUUGUCAGAUUUUGAAAACAUAUCUGCAACAUAUGACCCUACCUUCAUUCUUGACCCCAAAACAAUCAUCUGCCAACCACUGCAGAUCAAUCCAGCAGUGAACUCUGCUAUUUGCGCCAUCUAUGCUCUAAUUUUCCUGCUUGCAGUGCCAGGGAAUAUCAUAGUAGGCAUUGUGAUUGGGUGUAACCACCGUUUGCUCACCCCCUCUGACAUCUACGUGUUAAACUUAGCGGUAGCCGACACCCUCUUCGCUGUCACCAUCCCCUUUUGGGCGGUCAGUACCAUCCAUGGAUGGAUUUUCGGAGAUGCUAUAUGUAAAAUGGUCAGCCUGGUCCAGGAGGUCAACUUCUACAGCAGCAUCCUGUUUCUAGCUGUCAUCAGUGUUGACCGCUACCUUGCCAUUGUUCGAGCAGUCCAGACACGAAAGCAGAGACAGCCAUUUUACAGCUGGCUUACCUGUGCUUCUGUCUGGGUUGUGGGAGUACUGCUAUCCCUGCCUGUUCUCUUCCACUCAGCCUUUAAGCCGUCCAACUCAGAGAAUACAGUGUGCUACGAAAAGUAUGACCCAGAAACUACUGCAGAGUGGCGCUUUGCCACAAGGCUCCUCCGGCACUCUCUGGGAUUCCUCCUGCCACUGACAGUCAUGCUGGUCUGCUAUGGCAUCACUAUCUGCCGACUCCUGCAGGCACGCAGCUUUGAGAAGCAGAAAGCCAUGAAGGUGAUUGUGGCUGUGGUGCUGGCUUUCCUCAUCUGCUGGAUGCCCUACCACUUGGUGAUAAUUGGCGACACUCUGAUCAGAUUUAAAUUGGUCUCUUACACCUGCGAGAUCAGCAACUCCAUCAGCCUGGGCAUCUUCAUCACCCAGAGCCUGGGUCUGCUCCACAGCUGCAUCAAUCCCAUCCUGUAUGCCUUUGUGGGGGAGAAAUUCCGCCGGAACUCCCUCAAGCUGCUUCAUAAAUGGAGGCUGGUAGAACGGGGUUCCACGUCGGUGUUCAGCAGGUCAACUUCUCACUCCUCAGAAACUAACAAUAUGAUGAUGUAAACAGGUGGUACUUUUCUUAUGGGUGUGUAAUAAAACAAACCUGUAUACUGCCUGUAUAGUGCAACUGCCUGUUGCACUGGCUCGCAACCACUAAAGAGGAGCGAGAGUAAUCUUAACUAAUGUAUUCUAGUUGUUUUGAUUCCAUUUGUAUCAUUUUGUGUAUCAGUCAUCAAAUGAUGGAGACUUUUUAAAACACAGAAGUUAGUUUUCCUGUGGUUCCAGUGAUGUCCCUAAGUACUUUUUGUUUUACCAGAGCAUAACCAUUAACUUGUUCCCCCUGCUACACUGCCCCUAGUGGAUGCAAGAAAUACAUCAGUAAGAAAUACUACAUUUUCCAAACAGUUCAGAUGAUCCCAAGCAAGCAAUAUACAGUAGCAAUAAUAAAAAUAUUUUUUUCUUUCAAUUGGCUGGUGAAAAUGUAAAAAAAAAAAAAGCCUUACUGCAAGAGAGAAUAUGGGAUUGUGUAAGCUGCCGGAAAAACAUGUUUCUGUAUUUUAAAGAAAGGAUGUGAUCUGAGGUACGAACAUAUUGUGCAAGAAUCCAGAAGUGAUGGUUCAGGCAGGGAACUCACUUUUAACCUUAGAUCAAAACACGUGCAUAUUGUAGGCGCUUCCAACACCAGAACAAAUUGUCAUUCGAAUAGCUGGUGCCUUUUGUUAAACAAUAUGUCCACUGAUCAGCAAGGAAGGGAUUUAUAUCUUACCUUAGUCCAUUAUGGCCAGAGCGCUCCUUCUCCUCCCCAAGCUUUUUGGCUUUUUCAUCCUGCCCCCUCUCCACUUCUCUGCAAGCUAAUUUAUGGGUAGGGGUAUCUCGAACUGCGAGGCCAAAGGCUAAAGAAAAUACCAUAAAAAUCUGUAUAAUGUAGUAGUGUUGUCUAAUCUAUGCUUUAUUACAUAAUCUAUUGCAUGAGUUUCCUGACUGAACCAAGAUAUACCAUUAAUACUGAUAGAUAUUUAGUACUAAUGAGGAUAUCAGUGCAAGGUUACCCAUUCAGGAUUUUGUGGGGCCCACAAAAUAAAUGUGCUUUUGAAACAUGUCUGUAAAAUAAAUCUGAAUGUAAAGACAAGUUGUUGUAGUCAUCAUUUGUCUAAAGAGACAGUUGUUUGUCCAAAUGUGUGUCUAAAUUGCUGGAGAAAAAAGGCAGGAGCCUCUAGUAUGUUGUUAUGCUAUCUGUUGAGCAAUAUCACACACUACAAAACAAUAUUGUUGUCUCUCUAAAAACAUUAAA